GGGGGGUGCGGUGGACGCAUCUCCCGCAGCUCUUGGAUACGGCUAUCAUCAAUGUUCCUCCGCUGCCUUGAUCUUGUGUCAAUUUACGCAGGUCAGGCAGACUCAAUUCAUAUUUUUCUCGUGCGCGAGUCAGUUGUCCUUUAUUUCUUGAAUUGCUUCUGGCUAACAGUCUUGAGCAUAGAUUGACCAUGACAGCUCAAACACCAUUCCUUUCUUAGCAUCAGACGCGGGAAGCGAAUUGUUUAUCAGCACAAAUGAGAAACCAGACACAAAGACGAUGAUCAGUGAAGUAGAUGGAGGAUUUGCCACUUACCCGUAUGAGUAUGAUAGGUUCACAAACCAAAAAUCUCUCCCUAUUUAUUUAAAGAAAGGUAAGUAUUACUACAUGGAGGCUAUCAUGAAAGACGAUCAUCAGAAUGAUCACCUGGAAGCUGCAGUACAGACACCAGACGGGACAUUUUACAAAGUGAUACCCUCCAAGUUCCUAUGGACGACAUUACGGACUCCGCCUGCACAAAAUGCCACUUAUCAAGCCAUUUUACUGAGAGUAGCAGCACGUGCCGGAGCAAAAGCUGGUUCAUCAUUUGGAGCAAGGUGGGCGAUGAGCAGUGGAGCAAAAGCAGGAGCAAAGGCUGGUGCCUUGGCAGGAAUGGAGGCUGGAGCAUCGGCAGGAACAACGGCCGGCACUAAAGCUGCUAUUGAAAUGACAACGAAAACCCUUCAGGAGGCUUUAAACGAUUUUCAUGGAGAUAAUUUGCACAAAUUUAAGAUUUUUGUUAAGAACGGAAGUGUGGUCGGCGUAACAGGUCCUGGAAUUGAUGGAUCCGGCGGAGCUGCUGGUGGAGGUGUAGUUGGAGGCGGAGGCGGUGGUGGAGGUGGCGGUGGCGGUGGAGGUGGCGGUGGCGGUGGAGGGGCUGGCACUCCUGGGACAGCCGGUACUGCUGGAACUGCUGGAACCGCAGGAACAGCAGGGACCAGUGGGGUAGGAGCUACAACCGGAGGCGGAGGCGAAGGCGGUGUCAUUGGAACUGGUGCUGGAAGUACUGCCGGAGGUGGUGGAUCUGUAGCUGGAGGAUCGGAAGGUGGGACGGCUGCGGCUGGAGGUGUAGCAGGAGGUGCAGGCGCUGGCGGCAGUGUUGGAGCGGCUGCUGGAGGGGCUGCAGGCGGUGCUUCCGUUUCCGAAUCUGGAGUCACAAGCAGUUCUCAAGUUACUUCAUCUACCAGCACAGUAAGCGGUGGUGUUGCUGGAGGUGGGAGUACUGGAUUUAGUGGCGCAGCCGGAAAUGGUAUUUCUGAAGCCGCCGCGUAUGCGAUUAGAGAACUGACUUAUAUUCCAAAACCAGGCGAAGAUCCCCAAGCUAUUGCCAGGUCACUGGUCUGGAGGGUGGGUGGUGCGACAAAAAGUAAGUCGACUUAAAGUAUCCGGGAAGGAGGUUAUAUUUACUUCUCGCAAAAACUGAACUUAUAUCUACAAAUUUGCUAACGCAUUAGAGUUUAUGUUUGCUGACUUAAGACAGUUUGGUGGGGAUUCUUCUCACUCUAAUUAGCAUUUCGUUCUCACAUAAAAUGCAAAACAAUCAAAUCGAGUAUUUUUAAAACAUCAACGGAGUGACAGUAUAUUUUUUACACAGCAACUCCAUGAUGACAACUAAGGUAUGCAGUCUAUAUAGCGAUUUAAUUUUGUUCCCAUAGUUUACGUUAUGCAAGUGACAUAUCUUAAAUUGGAACUGCGGAGAAAGAUGUGAAGAAUUCCGCUCAAGACCUGACUGCAUUAUUUUCUUAGGCUUUAUUUUCAAAACUGCUUAGGUUGUGUAUAUAACUGCGAUGGUAAUUCACGUUUUUACAUCUUACUCUGUAGUUCAAAAAUAUGAUCUUUCAUGUAUUCACUUGUAUUCUUCUCCGUCUACGGUAUAUUACGAACUCACAACGCGACCAGGUCCCAGUUCGAUUGAUAGCUCCGUUGGAAGAGCGCUGCACCGGUAUCGCACAGGUCAUGAGCUCGAAUACCGUACAUGCCUAAAUGUUUUUCUGGGUUUAUUUUCAUAGCUGCUUCAGCUGUGCACAUAACUGCGAUGAUCAUUAAUAUACUUCAUGCUUACAUUGACAUCAUUUACAUGUAUGAACCAUAUUUGCACGUAUCGUAUAUGCAUUCGUAUAUACACGCAUCCAUACUCAAUUCUCGGUAUACUGGAACUAGCUUGUAAUAAUAUAAUGGAGGCUCAGAUGGGGGAAUAUCGCUAAAAUGAGAUGAAUGUGAUUUGCAUUUGAUAAGACUUCCCAUAUUAGCCCCAGUUGCAAGCUCAUUUCAGUCCAAUACAGAGAAUACGAAUGUAGCCUUUUCUUUUUUUCUGGCAUUCACGUUUAUACACGUAAAUCCCUUUUUGAGUUAUUUUCCUAGUUUAACAGAAACAUUUACUUGACUCUAGUUGUAGCAAAUGCAAUGUACACGUUUCAUGCUUAUGACGACCCAUACGCACAGGAAAACUUCACGCUUAACCACUGCUGGCGGUCCGUGGACGGUCGGUUCUUCUUGAAGCAGUUCUGUCACGUGUUCAUUGCGCGUGUGCCCUCCCUCUACGGAAAACCCGUCGACAGCAUCUCUUUUGAGUCUGCGUGUUUGCCUGGUUAUUUUCUGAGGCAGAAGAACUACCACUUUUUUCUGCGAAAGAGGG